UGAACGUGGGCGGUGACGUGCGCGUUCCCGUCGACUCUUUUGUGUGGCGGCGUACAGAAACGCAUACAGAAUAGCCAUGGCGGACGAGAAACCUAAGGAAGGGGUGAAGACGGAGAACAACGACCACAUCAACCUGAAGGUUGCAGGGCAAGACGGCUCUGUGGUGCAGUUCAAGAUUAAGAGACACACUCCGCUCAGCAAACUCAUGAAGGCAUACUGCGAGAGGCAGGGCUUGACGAUGAGGCAGAUUCGGUUCCGUUUCGACGGGCAGCCAAUAAACGAGACGGACACGCCGGCACAGUUGGAAAUGGAGGAUGAAGAUACGAUCGACGUUUUUCAGCAGCAAACAGGAGGCCUCUACUAAAAGUCACUCCCCAGCCAACUUCCACCACAAAUCCUGCUUUUCCAAUAUUUCACCCCAAGUUCUUACCUUUGGACAUUACCAGUUAGACGUUUUCAGUAAAACAUAACUGCUGUUGUAUAGUGUUUUCAUUCUCGCUUUAUUCCUUCUUUUUGUACAUAAACAACCUCAACUGUAAAGAAAAUAAACACAUUUAGCUAUUUAGAGGUGGCAACAAAUGCUGAAGGAGGCCUCGGCAAAACCUGGUGAUGGCCGCUGCGUGAAGAAGCCCCAGGAUGUCACUGUUGAUCCUCAUCCGCACUUGAGAAUGAGGCUGGCUGUCCAACUUAAUUUUCUGUUACCUGUUUCAGAAAAUUGAUUUUAUAUCUUUUUUAUAUUGUAGUGAUAUAUGUGUAGAAAACUGUCUUAAAUGUAAUUUGACUAGGCCACCUUUAAAACGACAACCCCGGAAGACGGAAUUUAGUCGAGUUAAGCAUCUGUAUUGUCUAAUAAAAUUCUUGUUAAAAUUAA